GGCUGGCAUUUGAGCAUGCGCAAUCCCUAGUAGUUCCGGCACUCUUCCUUCGGUGACGUCAGCAACAGCCGCCAUUUCGUGUGACCGAUCGGCAAGGAAGAGGUGGCGAGAGCAGGAAGUCGGUGAAGGAGAAGCUGUGGUAAAAAAGAAAAACACACAAACACUACAAUGGGGAACAUGUUUGCAAACCUCUUCAAAGGCCUCUUCGGCAAGAAGGAGAUGAGGAUUCUUAUGGUGGGCCUGGAUGCUGCCGGAAAGACUACAAUCCUUUAUAAAUUGAAGCUGGGCGAGAUUGUGACCACCAUUCCUACAAUAGGUUUUAAUGUUGAGACUGUAGAAUACAAGAACAUCAGCUUCACUGUGUGGGAUGUCGGUGGCCAGGACAAAAUCAGACCUCUGUGGCGCCAUUACUUCCAGAACACUCAGGGUCUCAUCUUUGUGGUUGACAGUAAUGAUAGAGAGCGAGUGAAUGAAGCAAGAGAAGAGCUGACAAGGAUGCUGGCUGAGGAUGAGCUGAGAGAUGCUGUGCUACUAGUAUUUGCUAACAAACAGGACCUCCCAAACGCAAUGAACGCUGCAGAAAUCACAGACAAACUGGGUCUGCAUUCUCUACGUCAGAGAAACUGGUUCAUUCAAGCAACCUGUGCAACCAGCGGGGACGGUCUGUAUGAAGGCUUGGACUGGCUGUCCAAUCAGCUGAAGAACCAGAAGUGAUCCCACCCUGAGUGAACACCGCCCUCCCUCCGCCCCCUCUUCCGCCUAAACUCCCAUCCUGUUCAGCAUCUUGGCAGGGCUGGCCAGCGCCUCUGCUGCCUCCCAGGCGGGCAUGUCAUUUCCGAGCACAUCUGUGUCGUGUGUCUGUCUGCACGCCUGUGCGAGUGGGAGCAGCAAUCUCACACUGUGCCUUAUACAUGCUUAGCAGUAUUAAUAUCCCCUGAACAAAACACUAUCCUCCACGUAAACAGCCUGCGCAUCUUUCCACCCUCCUGAUCGUGACAUGAAAAAAAGGCUUUAUGAUAUGCACUAGGUAGUCGAAUUAACCACCUUCAGAGCUGUCAUGCAGUUUGAUGGACAUACAUAUCUAGAUUCCAUAAGGAACAGGCUUGGUGUAUGACUUUUAGAGUGAAUAUGGCUGAUCCAUGUGCUACUAGUAUUACAUAGCAGCUCUAUUGUGCUGCUAUAGGUUAUAUAGUGCAACAGUCAAGAAGGUUCCUAGGACUGAAUGUUGUCUGUCACAAUAUACAGUUGACAAAUUAUAUCUUGUAUCCGAGCCUUUGGGUUUCUCAUGGUAUUCCUGAGCUCGAGGGGGGGAUUGUAGUCUGUAUUUUAGCAUUAUGGCGAGGUUUUGUAUAACCUUAAUAGAAUUGCUAAUAGUCCACUUAUUUGUGAAAUUAUUUUCUUGUUCUUAAUUCUCGGUUAUUUUACGGAGACCGGACUGAUGGAUAUAUGACACAUCCAUAAAAAGACAACACCGGAGAAAUGUUACAGGGAUGAGGGGAAGGCAUAUGUUGGCACAGGGCUGGCAAAUCAUUCUGGAUAAACCUGUGAUUCAUAUCUAUUCUAUAUACCUCAACCUGUACCCUGCACAUCACACAGCCAUUUCAGGCAAUGGCCGCUGUCAUUUCUCCCCCCACCCCCUUGUACUGACAUGCAUGUAACAUCACCAGCCUGGCUUGCGGAGGCCCCUGAGAUGUCUGCUCCCACUCCUAGAUUUUUUUUGGUUUUGUUAUUUUUCCCCCCUUUAUUUAGGGGUAUCGAUCGUGAUAUUCCAUACCUUGAAGGACGUCUGUACAGUAAUAUUUUAUUUUAAUUUACUAACUUCACUUUUUAUUCAUCCACUCACAUCCCUACCAUAAUCCCCUUGAUAGAUCAGCGUUUGGUUAUGUAAGAAUGAAGGUGCAGAGGGAGGUGAGGGGUAUACACAUGAAAGGGAACAUUUCUUGGUCGGCUCCAUUGGGGGACACAGAGACCGUGGGUUUUAUCUUGCUGCCACUAGGAGGCUGACACUAGGCAAAAGAAAGGAAAGUCUGCACCUCCUGGCAGGAUAUACCCCGCCUACUGACUCUGAGCUGAUCAGUUUUAGCUUACAGUUAGUAAGAGGCAGACACAGGUCUGUAGUUCUCCAGACCUGGUCUUUUACAUUUUUAUUUUUUAGAAUAGGGAUGUGUGCUUAGUUUUUUUUUUUUCUUUUUUUUCUUCCUUUAGUUUUCUUUUUUUCAGGUGGGGGUUCAGGAGCAUGGUGCUACCUGUUCACCCCCCCCCCCCCCCCCAUAUGCGCUGAAGGGGCACAGGCAUAGAGUAUGCUGUUAACCCCCCUCUCUCCACCAUACAGCACCUGGGGUUGUACCUUGGGUCUCCCUACCCUACCUGCUCAUCUCGCUGUUUCAGCCCGGCAUAAUGCAGGCAUUCAAAUGGCUGGCUGAAGACUUCUAUAAGUAAGUUUUCCACUGGAGAAGGUGAGUAUUUUAACCCUCCCCUCUCCCUCCUUCCUCCCUACGGGGCUCCUUUAUGGCUGGUGGCAUACCUUCCUUACUCUUCAGACUGAGGGCACACUUCUUCAUGCUUCAGCACUUUAGACAGUUUUUCCUCUCUCCCUGCUCAGCCAUCCUGACGUUGCUCGACUAUCCUGAAGGGGUAAUUCAGUUGCCGGUGCUUCGGGGGAGGGACUAUUAAUUGCUCACGGCUUUUAGCUCCGCCCCUCCUCUCACUUUGCUUUUUUUUCGGCGGCUCCCACCCCCUUGUAUAGUUUAUCAGCACGCACUUGGGGUCACUGUCCUCCUAUCAGGUGCCUGCUCCCACUCCUCCAGUGGGGACCAGGCCAGGUCCUGUGACGCCUUCCUCUUCCUUCUGUGAGUUUCCAGCCCCAUCUCUUCUUCUGCCUGGACCGAGUACAUGCUCCUAACAACUGCAUCAUGCAUCUCCUCUCCAUCUGAGGGACACAGAAACCAGGUGAGACUGCUCCAUUUUCUUUGACUGUCUGUCUUACUUGCACUUAUGCACGACUCCAGACACGAACCAUCCUCCAGACAGGUCACUGCAGCCCUAGUCACCUAUUACUCUUGCACUACCGCACACCCCAGCCCUCCUUGUCCUUCUUCCCAGGAUGUCCCUCCGGACCGUGUGCUGUGCUCCCCCUCCGGAAUGGGUCUCCUCCCUCUCGCAGUGGAUUCCGACCUAACCCGGGUCUCCCGUUCAGUGGUUACAGCCUUGGAACGAUCUUCCUUGCGUCCACGCUCGCUCAGUCUCUCCUGACAGGUGCCCCCCCCCAAAUGGGUCUCACUCCUCUCCCCAGCGCCCCGGCAAUGCUCUAGUUCCAGGGGCCGCUCCCCUAGUUGCCAUCCGCGGUCUCCGACCCUGUGGCCCAGGCCUGACUCGCCUUCAUCUAAGGCUACUUCCAGCCACUCCCGUUCUCCUGGGGAGCUGGAGAAUGAGGCGUCGGGUUCUUCCUCUGAUCCAGAGGACCGAACCAGUGUAUCCGACAUGGUGGACGUCUUGGUGUCAGCCAUUGGGUACACUUUUCACCUAGAGGACCCCGGAACCUCAGACCCAACUCCAGAGGUGGAUUUCGAUUGCUCCUGUCGCUCUGCUAAGGUGUUCAGUUCUCAUGCAGAAUUUGACGCCUUCCUGGAAGCGGCAUGGAAGCAUCCAGAUAAACUCUUCCAAGGGACCAAGAAGAUUCAGGCGCAGUUUCCGUUUUCCCAGGAUCUGAUUGUGAAAUGUAUUACACCGCCUGCUGUGGAUCCUUCGGUCUCCCACUUGUCGAAAUUGACUAAUCUUCCAUUGGCAGAUGCUGCCUCCUUUUUAAGGAUCCGGCAAACAAGAGGAUUGGAAAUCCUCUUGCUUUUGAAGCGGCGGGUUUGUCCUUCCCGCCUUCCCUUCUGCUUGGGUCUCCAAAGCCUUAUCGGUUUGGGCUUUCCAACUCAGUCAAGGCAUUUUAUCUAGUGCUCCUUCGGAAGAUUUGGCGGAUCUUGCACUUCAACUCUCUAGUGCUGGUGACUUCCUGUGUUCUACUUAGUUGGAGUCUGCCCGUUGUACGGCCCUUGCUACCAGUAACCUGGUAGUGAUUCGCCGCUCCAUGUGGCUUAAGACUUGGGAUGCCGAUGCCACUUCUAAGAAGUCUCUUACGGAACUUCCCUUCUCCGGGACCUGGCUUUUUGGAAAACUCCUGGAUGAAUCGCGUAUCUUACACAACUUUCGGUCAUUUCCUCUUUCAGUCAGUGUGACGCUUUCUUUGUACUUCCGGAGGGUCAUCGUAAGGGACUUCCCGCUUCCAAGGCGACCAUUUCACGGUGGAUUCGUUCAGCCAUCUCGGAAGCCUACGGCUGCAAAGGGAAGACACCGUUUUUCAGGUCUCAGCUCAUUUCACUCUUUCCUUUUGGGGCCUCCUGAGCUCUCCGCUACAGGGCUUCAGCCUUGCAGGUCUGUAAGGCGGCCCCCUGGUUGUUCCUACAGACCUUUUACCAAAUUUUACCAGGUAAACACUUGUGUCUGCUGACGCCGGCUUGGGUGGCAAGGUGUUGCAUGCGGCUGUGGUCCAGCCUUCCACCCGAUUUUGCUUGGGUUCUCUCCCACCCAGGGGACUGCUUUGGUACGUCCCACGGACUGUGUCCCCCAAUGGAGCUUACUGUAAAAUCUUUCUCGGAGGAUCCAUUGGGGGACACAGCACCCACCCAUUUGUUCUGGUGUCUUUGGUUUGGUUGUCUGUCCGGGGUUGGUUCGGUAAAUUUUUGUCUGGUUUCCCUCGGACUGUUACUGUUUUUCCUCUUCUGGUGGUCCUCUCCUACUGCUUUGGGACUAAACUGAUUAGCUCAGAGUCAGUAGCCCGGGUAUAUCCUGCCAGGAGGGGCCUACUUUCUUUCUUUUGCCUAGUGUCAGCCUCCUAGUGGCAGCAAUAUAUACCCACGGUCAUUGUGUCCCCCAAUGGAUCCUCUGAGAGAUUUUACGGUAAGCAUAAAAAAAAAAUCUACUUUUCUUUACCGAGCUGUCUGGUUUCCAGACACUGCAAGUGACUAGGCUUUUAUACUGGCAUAAAAUAUAUAUCUUGACCUGGGUCCACCUGUUGUAGUCAUGGACUCAGCCGUACAGAAUAGACUACAAGGACCGAGAACGUUACAUCGCUCGGAUGUUUUUUUUGAAUGUAGGAGGAGUCCUUUAAGUUAUAAGAAAAUACAAUUUUGUAAGUACACUGAGUAGUAUUAAGUUAAUAUGGCAUCGCUUGAAAAUCGAUCAAAGGAAACAAGAGAAUCCUUUACAACAUUGUAUCCUGUCUUCGUGUACCCUGACAUUUAAAAAGAGGGGGUACUCACCAGCAAAGAGACUCUAAAUCUCCCAAAUGAACUGCUUGUCUCCUGAAGCGUCACCCCUGGGAGCUAGUUAUAACUGUAUUGCGCGUGUGAAGGACUUGGCGGGAUCGCAUUCUGUUUUUAUCUGCAUCUAAAUCUUUUUUGGUUUCUUUUGUGGGGAAUGGGUUGUAGCUCUUAUCUAAUUUUAAUUAGCUAUAUAUACUUCAUUCUGUAAAUGAGA